GAAAGCUCGCGACGCAAUUGGCCCACGGUUGCUCCGAAAGCUGCCGGGGCGGAGACGUUCUCCCGAUGUAUAUAUAUCUACUCCCGCCUCCGCGCCCGCCAGUCCACUCGCCGCCCGCAGCGUACGCACACGUAGCGCGCUCGCUGUCGCUAUUAGUGCUUCCAAGUGAUCUAAAAUGGUGAAGUUCGAAGGAGAUUUUAGUAUAAAUGCUAUACUGAUGAACCAUGCGGUGGCCAAACCACCGCCGUCACCGACGAAUUCGUCAAACACUACACCUUCUGAGGAGGAUCUUAGUGAUUCGGAACUCGACGUCACAGGAACGGAACCCGUCGACUGCACGAAGCCAAGAGAAGAAAAAGAGAAAGAAAAAAAAAAGCAUGAAAAACCCGCCUACAGCUACAACGCUCUUAUUAUGAUGGCGAUUCGCAACAGUCCCGAAAAACGUUUGACGCUCAACGGUAUAUACGAAUACAUCAUGACCAACUUUCCUUACUACCGGGAGAACAGACAGGGUUGGCAGAACUCGAUCCGCCACAACCUGAGUUUGAACAAGUGCUUUGUGAAAGUGCCGCGACAUUACGACGAUCCUGGAAAAGGCAACUACUGGAUGUUAGACGCGUCUGCUGAGGAUGUGUUUAUUGGAGGAACGACGGGCAAGUUGCGUCGGCGCUCCGCCCUCAACGGACGCUCCCGGCUCGCUUGCUUCAAGAGACCACUAUUUCCCGGUGCUCCUCUCGCCGGUGCGUACCCUCCGGCCACGUAUUCUCAGCUAGUCGGUCUCUACUCUCAACUGCUCUAUCAGAGGUACGCUCCGAUACAGAUGAAAACACCACCGGUUACACCGAGCGCAGUCCACCCUGCGUUCCGAGGAGAAAUGGGCUAUGGAAACCUUCCGUAUUCCCCAAGCCUGUACGGAGAGAGGUUACCGAAUCCUCCGUUCAUGGGCCAGUCUCCGUUGCUGCAGAACUCGUUACAAACAUCAGCGAUGCUGGCACAGACGUCACCGCUGCUACCACCGUCACCACCCAACAUGCACUCACCACCGACGUCGGGCGCGUCGAGCCCGGAGCUACCGUCGCCGUCUCACCACCCCCUCACGGCACACAUCUACAAGCCGGUGACGGUACUCACGCGGCAGUGACUGCAGGCGUUCAAUAAUCUCAAGAGGCUGACAUAUGAACAAUCUGUGAUUUAGAUGUAGUUAGUUACUCUCGUACUCCAGUGUCUAGGCUUAUCUCAUGGUAAUUAGUGUUAAUCUGCAAUAAUAGACAUUGUUGGUACCUGUAGCAUUCCGCUAUCGCUUGUUACUACGCUGUAUAUUCUAUCGUAAAUGUAAAUAGCUUCCAAAGUGUAUAUUUAUUAAAUUAUUAGUGUUAAGAUUAGAGAUGUAAUGAAUAAACAAAAUAUUUCACAUUAAAA